AUGCGAUAUCUCAAUUUCACAAAUAUCCAAUACGGAACGAGCCGUCGUUUCCAGCCUCCUAUUCCCCCACCGGUGAACAGUACCAUACAGACUGCAGGGGCAUACAACAUUCGAUGUCCGCAGGGGCAGCCGGCAUGGCUGAGUCUGUUCGGGCAGCCGGUUGGAAACCUCACAGGAGUACCUCCAGUCACAAUAGCAGACCUCCCUCCCGUCGAUCCCAGCACCAGUGAGGACUGUUUGUACUUGGACGUCUUCGUGCCAGAAGACGUUUUCCAAGCAAAGGGGGAUUAUAAGUCUUCAGUAGUCAUUUGGAUUCACGGCGGAGGAUACGUUGGGGGAUGGAAGUCUCUGUAUGGCCCUGGACUCGGUCUGAUGGAGACGGCGAAAAAGGAAGGCCGUGAUGUAAUCUUCGUUUCUAUUAAUUACCGCUUGGGAUUAUUUGUGAGUGGCCAUUAUCUUGAACUAAUUCUGCCAUUGAAUACUAACUGUUUCCGUCGACAGGGAUUCCUGGCCGAUCCUGAUUCUAGUGACAUUACGCGCAAUCUAGGGCUACAGGAUCAGUUGUUUGCAUUAAAAUGGGUUCAUAAAUACAUCCACCUCUUUGGUGGCGACCCCAAUACCAUCACCGUGAUGGGUGAGUCCGCUGGAGGAGGCUCGAUCAUGUACCAUCUCACCUCUGGCAAUGCCUCCUACCGACCAUUAUUCCAACGGGCCAUUGUCCAGAGCCCUUUCACCAUCAAUAUUCCUGCCAGAAUGCAGAGGAGCACAUUGCAAGAAGUGUACCAACGAGCAAAUGUGACUUCUUUCGAGGAGUUGAAAGGUCUAUCAACGCAGGCAUUGCAGACUGCCAAUGCACUUGUUGUGGGCAAUGCAAAGCCAUAUGGAACAUUUGUUUUCGGUGAGUAG